AUGAGUAAAGUAUCUGAUAAUAUAAAAAAUGUGGAUGAUCAAAGAAAACAUUUUGAUGAAAAGGAAAAAAAAAAAUUAUUUCUUUAUGGAUACGAGCAGCAGUUGUUAUAUGGCAGGAUUAACUGGAAAUUGGCUGAGAAAAAAAAAAUAACCAAACAUUCCAUAACAACUAUGAAAAAUUAUUGGAAUAAUAGUAUAGCUAAUUGCCUACCGCAGUUUAUUGAAAACUAUUCAAGAGAUGUAGAAAGAUUGAACGAGAUGAAGAAACAGAAUAAAAUGAAAAAUAUGUCAAAAGGAAAAAUAAAAAAGAAUGACAAUAAAAAGAAACCUGUUACACCCAAGGUUCAAUUUACAAAGCAAAGAUCUAACAUAUCUAUGAAUCGAGUUAUUAAAGGAGCUAGUCUUGAUUAUAAAAAAUUGAAUACAAAUACAUUUAGAAACAAACAAGUUGUUGUUAAUUCAAUAUUAAAGAAAAAAAAAACGAUGAAUAAAAUUAUCGACAAAAAAAAUAAAUUAGUAUCCUUAAAAACCAAAAAUGCACAUCUGAAAAAGGAUAUAAAUAAACAGACGAAAACAAAAAUCAUACAAGGAAUAUCUAAAAAAGAUAAAAAAAAAGAAAAUACAAAUACAACUAAGGUGUUGUUUAAAGAUGACAAGAAGACAGGGAGUAAAACCAAAAAAGAUGAGAAAGGAAAGAAAGAUGAGAAAAAAGAUGAGAAACUAAAAAAUAAAAUUAACAAAAAAGAUCUUAAAUAUGAUAAUAAAUCACAAAAAUUAGAGAAACAAAAAAAAGAGGAAAAAUAUGAUAAACAAAAAACUGAAAAGUUCAAAAGUGAUAAAGGAAAAAAUGACAACAAAGCGGAAGAAAAAAAUAUAGACAAAACAAAAAAAGAAGCAGAUAAAAAAAAAGAAAAAAAUGAAGACAAAGUUAAAUUAGAUGACAAAAGUAAAAAGGAUAAAAUUAAAAAGGACAAAAAAGACGAUAAAAAGGAAGAAAAAAAGGAUGAAAAGAAGGAUAAAAUAAAAAAAGACAAAAAGGAAGAUAAAAAGGAUAAAAAAAUUGAAAAAAAAGAAGAUAAAAAAACAAAAAAAAAUAUUAUAAAAAAUAAUAAAGGGAAAAAAUAA